AAUGCGAAGAAGUCUUCGACAUUUAACAUGCCACAAACAUACCUACUCUAUGUGAAUGUGAUUUAUUUAGGAUUACCAAUUGUGGAUGUAUGAUUUAACAGGAAAUUUGUGUAUCUGCAUUCAAACUUAUAGCUUGAACCGCAUUUAGAGCACUGUAGUAUACAUUUUAGACCAAAAAAUCGUUGACUACUACAGACAGAAAAUAUGGGGUGUGUUAGCAGCCAAGAAGAUAAAGCUGCGGUUGAAAGGUCAAAACAAAUCGACAAAACCCUUCGUGCAGAUGGAGAGAAGGCUGCCAGAGAAGUUAAAUUACUUUUAUUAGGUGCUGGUGAAUCGGGCAAAAGUACCAUUGUGAAACAAAUGAAAAUUAUCCACGAGAAAGGCUACUCCCAAGAAGAAUGCCUUCAGUACAAGCCUGUGGUAUACAGCAACACAAUCCAGUCAAUGAUCGCAAUCAUCCGGGCCAUGGGGCAACUCAAAAUCGACUUUGAUAGUAAAGCCAGAGCGGAGGAUGCCAGGCAGUUCUUUUCUCUUGUGGGUAAUGCAGAUGAAGGGGAAUUGUCGGCAGAGGUGGCCGCCAUUAUGAAGAGACUUUGGAAAGAUGGGGGAGUACAGAAAUGUUUUGGUCGAGCCAGGGAAUAUCAGUUGAAUGAUUCAGCAGAGUACUACUUGAAUGCUCUGGACAGAAUAUCCAACCCGGGCUACAUCCCAACAGAACAGGAUGUCUUGCGUACCAGAGUGAAAACUACAGGAAUUGUUGAAACGCACUUCACAUUUAAAGAUUUGCAUUUCAAAAUGUUUGAUGUGGGUGGUCAGAGAUCUGAGCGUAAGAAGUGGAUUCACUGUUUUGAGGGUGUCACAGCAAUCAUCUUCAUUGUAGCCAUGAGUGAGUACGAUCUCACCCUGGCCGAGGAUCAGGAGAUGAACCGAAUGAUGGAAAGCAUGAAGCUGUUUGACUCAAUCUGCAACAACAAAUGGUUCACUGAUACCUCCAUCAUUCUCUUCCUCAACAAGAAAGAUCUGUUUGAACAGAAAAUUGAGAGUUCAAAACUAACCAUCUGCUUUCCUGAAUACACUGGUUCGAACACGUAUGAGGAGGCCGCAGCGUACAUUCAGAUGCAGUUUGAGAAUCUCAACAAGAAGAAGGAUACGAAGGAGAUCUACACUCACUUCACGUGCGCCACCGACACCAACAACGUGCAGUUCGUCUUCGACGCAGUCACCGACGUCAUCAUCAAGAACAACCUCAAAGACUGUGGUCUCUUCUAAAUGUUGUUAUAGCUGAAGCUUUGGUCCAAAAUACCUUUAUUUCUUCUUGGUUUUUAACACCGAAAUCAGGUUCUCAAGAAUGCAGUUGUCUCCCUUACCUUACAGUGAAAGCUGUCUCCUGUUUUAUGCCACUGACUCUGUGUGUGUUGGAGCAGUCAGAGUGAGUGAACCAAGUUGGUGUUACAGAUAAAGACAUCUGGGAGCCAGAUUUGGAAGUGAUGAAUAUCCUGGGCCUCGCUGUGACUUGUGUUACAUACGAAGUGCUGGCUGAUGUAUAUAUAUAUAUAAAUAUUCCAGUAGGUAAUAGUCGCAUAACAAAAAUAGCAUUCUGCUUGAAGAACAUCCUUCUAACACUAUACCUGGAUAGGGCUUCAGUGAAUGUAAUGAACAGUUUGGCAUGGAAUGUUUCUCUUGCUAGAACAUUUCUUGUGUUUUUUUUGUUGAAAGCUUGUAAUAGAUUUUUAUAUAUUAAGAUUGACACUGAGUAAGAACCUGGUGUAUUGUUACAGGUUCUGAUCUAAUGCCACACUGAGAGUGAGGAGGUGCUUUUCUAAUCCUGCAAACCUCUAGGUUGAGAUAAAUGAUGGUGUCGUUAAUACAGAAAAAUGUUAAACACAUAAAAAUAACUCUUCAGUCGCAUGUAAAUAUAUUGUAUGUGUUUUUUUUUGUUUUUUUUAAAUGAUGGACCAAUCUAUUUUUGUACAUACUUGAUGAAUGGGCAUUUUCAGGUUCUAACGAAUGGCACUGUAAAAUAUUUUUAAGCUAAUUUUUUUUAAGUUUGGGUGUAUUCAAAUCAUAGUAGAAAAGUAAAUAAUAAUUAAUGCAAAACUAUAGUAGAGACAUUACUUUCUUUAUGCCCAUGUACAAAUUAGCCGUGGGGCCAGUCUUGAUUCUUUAGUUCAGCAUUCCUUACUGGCAAAUUCUAUAAGAUAAUGUUUCAAAAUGGGCGUUUCAAACGGGUCAGCAUUGUGUUCCAAACAGGUAACAGUAGAUUGGAUAUUUAUUGGCCAAUCUUAUGUGUGUAUCUCUACUUAACAUUUUAAUAAUGAUGGCUUAAUAUCACGCUUCUAUGAUUGUAGUUUUUACCUGAAUCAUUUGUUCAGCUGUAGUUUUUUUCUGAAUCAUUUGUUCAGCUGUUCAAUAGAUGCUUUUCAAAUACUAAUAAAAAAAAAUAAAAUAAUGGCAUUGAGAUUGUCUGGGGUCAGUACGCUGUUAAUAAAAUGACCUUUGAGAUCGUUUACAGCAUAUAAUUGGACAUAUGCAAUAGACUGAUGACGGAUAUAGACCAACUGACCAAAAAAACCCCGCAAACAAAUUAUAUUUACCAUUUUAUUUUUUAAUAUAGUGAUUGCCAUGGGUUUUUUUUCUAGCAUUGUUCAUUAGACUGAUGACGAAUUUAGAUCAACUGACAAAAAAAAAGUAAAAAAAUAAAUAUUUACUGCUUUAUUUUUUAAUAUAGUGAUUGCAAUGUUUUUCUCUAGCAUUGUUCAUUAGACUUAUGAUGGAUUUAGACCAACUGACAAAACCGUAAAAAAUCAUAUUUACUGUUUCAUUUUUUAUAGUGAUUGCAAUAUUUUUUUUCUCUGACAUUGUUUCAACCCAGGUGCCAACCAAAAUUUAACCAACUGAAAGGUUUCAUUAUUAAAUUGCUGUGACUAUAUAUGGAAAAUGCUGAUUCCAAACACCAGUUAUGUUUACCCUUCACACCUUCAAGUAUUUUUAUAAUUAAAUUUGAUGCCUGUAACUGGCCUGUUAUAUUUUGAUGGCUUAAUUCCACGAGUGUUUGAUAAGCAAGCAACAACUGUGUAUUUCAACAUGAAAAUAAUAUAUUUGUUUGCAAAAGUUGAAUUUACAUUGGAGUAUCUGAUGAUGGUGACUUUGUGGGUCCAUUUGAUCGAUCAGUCGCAAGAUGAACAGUUGUAUCUUAAGUGUUGCCCUGUUGUAAUAUUUUUUUAUAUUUUUUUAAAUGGCCAUUCUGUUCUCUGGAUAAUUGUUAUUUUGUACUGACGUCUAAUGUGCUGUAGUUGAAUGGUGCUUUGAGAAAAUUAUCAAAUAUAUGUUAGUACCAAAAGUACAAUCAAAGCUACUGCAUUUCCACCACCAUUUGAGUUGUUGUUUUAUAAGCACUUCCAAUUUAAUGCUAUGGUUCUGUAACAAACAUGGAUCCAGGGAGAGAAUGCUGUGGGUGCACACCUUCCUUGUUUCAAAGUAUCCUGAAGAAUCCAGCAAAUGAAUGCAAUGAAUUUGUUUGUGUUUAGUGGGAGACAAGUAAUAGCUUUGUUGGCUUGGUGUUUUGGAGGAAGUAUAUAAUAUACAAUGCAUGCUAAUGUAAUUUUGAAUAUUGUAGGUUCCCUUUUUAAACAUUAUACCCCUUCCUCAAUACCUCCAUGUGCCCUUUUUAGAUGUUGCACCCGCACCAUGGAAACAUCCCAUAUCCACCCCUGUGUCAUGUAAUUGAGUGAAUGUUUUCAUAUUUGUUACUUGUCUGAGGACUGAUGAAGAUGAUGAUAUCAGGCAAAUCCCCACCUCCAAUUUUUAAAAGGCCCAAUUACAUAUUGGAAUUUAUGAACUUAGAAAGGUUAGUUAAAGCACAAGUUGAAUUAGUCAUUUAAUGGACUUUAUUGUUAAAUAUUGCCUGUUGGCCAGUGCCAAACGACUGUAUUUGAUUUGUGGAAAUAAAUAUUGUUUAAAUCCAGCAAUGCCAGAUAUUGGUCACUGUCAAUUAUAAAAGUAUGCACAUGUCCAUUAAAUGCCAGUCAUUGGCUUGCUGAUUUAUAAAGUUAAAUGCAAAAAGACAAAAUGCAAAUGAUUCUUAUGUAAAUCACAGACCAUGCAACUGUAAAAAUAACCAUAGUACAAUAGUGUCUCAAUAACUGUAUUGUAAAAUCCCUGCUUUGAUUGCUACAAGAUGCUGUCAUGAUCUCUUGUGGGUAUGUCAUGGGGGUAAUACAGUGGACAUGUUAUUGGCUACUACCUGUAGUAUUGUAUAAUUAUUAAUCACUCGUGAAUUAAUUACUACUAAAGUGGAUUAAACUUUUUGAAAAAACAACAAAACAAAACCUUUAUUUGGGAUUAACAGUUGGUAAUUAUUAAUAAUUUUACAGUACACUUGGAAGUAUAAUUUAUUUUUAAACAUUAAUCUUACAAACGUAAAAUUUACUUUGCUGGAAAUGCAAAUUUAUUGUGUGAUGUCUUCAGAAAUAAACUCACAAUAUUUUUGUUUAUAAAGUAAGUGAAGUUAUCUUUUCAAUGAAAAUCCGCUAUGUAAUGCAUUGUUUCCAAGGUGAGCUCUUAGCCUGACAGAGGAGGUUUUAUAUUGGCCGUUUGCUUCAUUUCACAGGUACAUGUAAUUGAUUGGUAAAGUGUAGUGAUCAGUUUUGUCAUCGAUGAGAGUAUUGGAUGUUGAGAUUGUUGUUCUUCAAACACAAGUUGAUACUCCUUCUGUAGCUUUUAUAACCACAUAUGUGUAUACACAUCAUUUUAACUUUGUAAACCAAAGUAAUGUUUUGCUAACCAAAUGUAACAAAAUGUUAGGUGUCGGACUCCAUUUUGUAAUGUGUGUAGUAGAUAUCUUUUUGUGACCAAUCGCCAUCUUUUUGACUUAGACAUGUAACCAAAAACCAUAUACUUGGUUAUUAUGUGAUUGGUUAGCAUCCUUUUGACUCCGUUAUGUGACCAAUCACCAUUUAUUGCAAGUAAUCAUAUGACCAAUUUCUAUCCACUUGAAUUACUCAUGACCAGUUGUCCAAAGACAUUUGACCAAUCACCAUACACUUGGCAUCGUCAUAUGACACAUUGAUGUAUUUGGCUUGGUUCUGUUUGGCUUUCGUCUUUAACCAGUUAACAUUUACAGAGCUUUGAUCAUGUGAUCAGUCACUCUUGUUUUGUUUUUUGUUACGUGGAGCGAACCAUUUAUAUUUGAAUUACUUAUAUAAUUGUAAAAUCUACUGAGCUGAAAUGUCCUGUAUAUAUAUUCAGCUUAGUAAUAUGUUGUUCAUUUGUUUUAAUUAUUAAUUAUUUUUUUAAAAUCAUGAUUGCAGUUGAAAACUGACUUGAUGCCAUAUUUGGCGGCGUCGUUAAAUAAAACAAACUUUGAUGCCAUAUUUGUCUUGCCAAGUUUAAGCUUAUUGCUACUACAGGUGAUGUGAUUCUUUGUUUAAAAUAAAACCGGAGAUGAUCUUUUAAACAUCUUUUGAAAAUUCUGUACCAUAGCUAAAUAAAGAUCAUCUUUAAUCAUUUCAGAUUGCAUUCGGUCUGAAAUAAGAUUAAAAAGUUGAAAAAUUACUUCACCGUAAUGACAAAAACUGAUGUCACGUUAAACAAUUUAAAACGACUGCUGAUUGUCUGUCAUCCUGCGUGCCAAAAUGCAACAACUCAGAAAGUCGGACUGCAAUUAGACUAAAGUACAAGUUUUGGCUUGCUGGUCACUGUACCUUGUUCAUGCAUAAUUGUUCACAAAGAAUGAAUGAUUCUCAAGUUUAGAUGACAGCUUGUUCUUUAAAGAAUGUUUAAUAGUUGGACGUAGGCAUCGGUCUUGCUAGUAAAUGCUUUGACAAACACUAGUUUGUUUUAGGUACCAUUUUUACUGUAAAUAACAUUCUGGUUGGUAUGUAAGUUAUGUUACUCAGAUGAAUUAUUGAUGUGUGCCAAGUUCAUUGCAAAUAUCAAUUUAAAUGGUUUUUCACCUCAGUGUAUUUUAUUACUUGGGGGGAGACGAUGCACAAAUUACUCAACUUCCAUGCUGCUGAAGUCACUACGUAAAUGAUUUGUCAAAACUCAUUCUGUACAUUAUCAACUUGAAGCUAAUUGAUGGAAUAUGAUUUGUUGAUUUUUCUGUACAAUGUAUUUGUAGGAUCAUUCUGUCAUAUUGUCAUAAUUGUUAUGUCAAUACUUUCCACGUUAAGCUAGUGUUAAUAAAUGAUAAUCGGUUACUAAGUGUGCUUAUUCAAUGGCAGUGCACUUGUUUGUGUACAUCUCUGGUAUAUAGACAGCUUUAACCUUGUGUGCUUCAGCGUUUUGUCCUUGUACAUGAAUCUCAGUCUUUUUCAACCUUUCAUUAUAAUACUUCUGGUGUUAAAAUAAAACUUUUUUUGUUUGUUUAGAAAACUGAUUUUCUCUGUUAUUUAUUUAUCAUAAGAAAAUAACUGCUGUUUUUCUCAAGUACAUCACAUGUGAAUUAAGUUGUGUUUAUUUUGUAGUGUUACAGAUAAUUAUAGAAUGUAAUCAAAUCAAAAUGUUUGUCUUUAGUUUCCAUGGUUUCACACUAUAUCUUCUAAACCUAUAUGAACCUCAUAAAUCAACUGAGCUGUGGCUUGGUACGAAGCUAUGUCUUAAAACUUUCAACAUAUAAAGCACUUUCAAAGUGGAAAUGUAAAAAAUGCUGACAAUAAAGUAGAUUUUUUGUUUUAAAAAAAUAGUUUUUUGAAAUAGAUUGUAAAAAGGUCUGAAAGUCCAAUAAUGAAAAAGUUGAAAUUCUGACUAUUGAAUACUGCAAUAUAAUAUAUUUAAUUGUUUUUAUGGUAAUCUCACUUACAGUUUAGAUCUAUAAUAAAAUACCUCUUACUGCUGUUUAAUCGAUGCAUCAGAAGUGAGUUUCUUCUCAUUAAGCAAAAAAUUUCUUUUUUGACUUUGUUUUUGUUGUUGAAGUGAUAAUAUGGCAGGUUGUAGUUUUACACCACGUCACAGCUCAUACAGAGAGGAUCUACAAUACCAGUAUAGUUCAAUUAUGUAGUAGUGGCCAUUUUGUUUAAAGAUUAUGUAGCCCAGGCUUUAUUGUGAUACAAUGUAUUUAUUCCCCUGUUUGAGUGCAAUUCCAAGUCCCUCAUGAUAUUCUUACCUGUAUUGCUGUGUGUGUAGUAUAUGUAAUGGUCACUGAUUGUCAGAGUUAAAAAUACUUGUAUGCGUUUUGUCGGUGUUGGUAUCUGCAUGCAUAGAUUUUUACCUGUGUGUAAUUGUGGCAGCUGUUGUUGAUAUGACCUUGUAAGAAAAAGAAGAAAAAAAAACUAAAAUAUUUUGUUAAAAAUUGGUUGCUGUUAGAAACAUGCCAAUAUAAUUAAUAUGCUUAUUUUACUUUGACACAGCCAUUUUCAAUGUAAGCCGGAAUUUAAUCUGUUGUAUUUUUACUUUCACAGACAUAAAGAGCCAAAUUAUCCCCCAUUCUUAUUUAUGAAUAUUGUUCUCUUUUUAAAAAAAAAGAACAUCUAAUAAGCUAUGUGAACUGACCCUAAAUGGUCCCCAACUACAUUAAAAGGAGGUGGUUUGUGAAAAGAUAUUGUUUUAUCUACGAUAGACCCUUCAUCUAUACAUUGAAAACUGUUUAUUGUAGUAUUCUCUGUAUUGAUUGAUACCAGGUUUGGUGUUUUUUUUACCCGUACGCAAUACAUGAAUCAUUUGAACAGAGUGACAACACGGGACAUUUGACAAACAAGUGCAAGUACUAUAUCAUUUUAGAUAUUAAAAUGUCAAAUAACGUAACAUCGACACGCCUUAAGUAGAGGGAGGGAUGUACAAGUUAACGAACUAUGCAUUUUUAUAGUCUAAGUUCUCAAGUGCCUUCCCUUCCAACCAUUACAACUACUGGCACUACCAUUUCUCAUUUAUUGUCAACUACUCUGUUCCAAGGAUUCAGUACACAUUGCUAGCUUAAGUUGGAAAGUAUUAAAUGAAUAUAAAAAAGUAGCAAAAAUUUUCACCAGUUUGUACUCUUAACUGCAUCGAACAAUCAUCUGGAUAGUGGUGAAAACACCAGUCAAAGCACUUUAAUAGCAGCCUUCAUAUAUAUGUAUAUUUAUUCAUUAUGUAAACAUAUUUGUAAUCUACACCCCCACCCACCAUAUGUAACAUUUUAUGCCAAGGAUACUUAAUGUUAUACAUGUAUAAAGAUUUAUUUUUUACAUCAUAUUUUGGUUUGCAUGCAUGUGUUUGAACACUCCAGCCUUAUUAAUUCAUUUGCUUUAGAUUACAUAUGAGCGUGCCUGUUUUUAAUCAUUGGUAAAUGUUGAAAAUACAACAAGGCUGGGUCAUGGUGUUCAGCUGGAAAAUGAUAUUAUUUGGAGGGUUUUUCUAUAAAGCUGUUGCAUGUUUGUUAAAAGGUUUCCAUUGAUUACAUGAAUUCAGGGGAAACGUUUACUUAAACAAAUUAUCUUUUUACAAUAUGUUUGCUGUAUUACCAUAAAAAAAAAAAAUCAACUUUCAUGAACUAUUCCAUUAAAAAAAAAGAGAAGCCUAGUAACUAUAAAAGAGAAAAUAGAUUUUUUUUGGUGUCCCCCUCCUUCCAUUUUAGCAAAACUAUUUUGUAAUAUUUCCCACCUGAUUUAAGAAAACAUUGUAAAGAAUCUGACAGUUUAUCACUGUUCUGGUGAGAUGCAUUGUGGUUUUAUAACUUAAGUAUUACGAUCAUGCUGCACUUAACAUUUGUCAUUAUUUUUACGUACAGUUUUAGGUAUUUUGUGGACCAAUGAAAUUUGUCAUGUAUGUUAUUACACAUCGAUAAAUCUGCUGUGUUAUCCUUGUUAUGAUUUAUUAAAUAUUGAAAUAUUGAAUGUAUUUUAUCGAAAAAACUAAAUUUUGUAUUGUGUUUGUAAUGCCUGUUUAAAUAAAUUUUAGCUCAACA